AGACAGCAACAAAUAACAUGGCAGAAGGAAAAAGCAAGGGUAACUUUGAAUUUCCAGAAACAGAUGUAACUUUAGUUGUAGAAGACGAGAAAAUCCACGUAAACAAAGCUGUCCUCUCUCAACAUUCUCCAGUAUUUAAUACCAUGUUUUCUGGUAGCUUUAAAGAAAGCACUGCAAAAGAGAUAACUCUUCACAACAAAAAGGCGAAAGAUGUAAUUGAGUUUCUUAGAUGUUUUUAUCCCAACAUGGAGUAUGCAAUAACAGGGCACAAUGUACUACAAGUACUACCAUUGGCACAUGAAUACCAGUCCCCUCUUGUUGCUGAUUGUGAGAAUUUUAUGAUAAGCAAAUGUAAUCCGGAUACAGACAUAACAGUUGAAACACUAUUGGAUUAUAUCCUAGCAGCUGAAAAAUUUGACCUUCAGAAGUUUCUUGACACCGCAGUGGAAUUUUGCUCUCGUGUAGAUUUUGAUCAUCUCCAAGGGAAGACGAUUGAAAGAAAACAGGUUUACAAAAAAGGUUGGGUCUAUGAAGUGCAGGAGACGGAACACAUUUCUUCAAAAUUUGCAAAAAUGAAAAUUAAAACCCAGCUUGCAAUUUCAGUCAAACGACUUCAAGUUCUUGAAAUAAAUAAAAGAAAGGCAAAAAAUAACGAAACAACUGAAGAAGAUCAUGUUUUAAUGUUAUCAUAAU